UUCACACUGCACGCCUCUGAAUAGCAAGCUGCGAAAAGCACGCCCCAAAACACACACACAUACACACACACGUCUCCCACAUGCUUAGAAAACGCAGUGUUUAUUACUCGAUUUGGACUCAGUUCCCCCUUCCGACCACUGUGGUUUAUUCCAGCGCCUCUGUAUCCUCAGUGCGAGGUGUGUUCCUGCUGUCAUCCACACUGAAGCCAGGCGGUUCAAACACUCUGACAGACCACCAAAGUGAAUUUUGAUGGAGAGACUAAAACCUAGCAGAGAUCUUCUGGCGCCGGACUGAUUGAUGCCGAACUGUUAAUGGGAGUGAAUGGCAGCCGCUGUUUGAAACACCUGGUCUGUGAUGUCAGCACAGAAAUUAAUGUGUCCUCCCUCUGCAGAAACUGCCUCAGAAUCGUCUUGACCUUUGGCUGCAGGGCGGUGAGCAGCUACCAUGACUUACCCCAACACUAGCAUACUGACUGCAGCCAACUUCAGUGGAACUUUAGACAACCAUGACUCAGGGGGAAACAUCUAUCGCCCGUUCUCUGUUUUCAGUGUGCUCACUCUUACUUUGCUGGCGAUGCUGGUGGCGGCCACCUUCGUGUGGAACUUGCUGGUGUUGGUGACCAUUCUGAGAGUGAGGACAUUCCACCGGGUGCCACACAACCUGGUAGCUUCCAUGGCCAUCUCCGACGUGAUGGUGGCCGCACUGGUCAUGCCGCUCAGCCUCGUCCAUGAGUUGAACGGCAGGCUGUGGAAACUGGGCCAUGUGCUGUGCCAGGUGUGGAUCUCAUUCGAUGUGCUCUGCUGCACUGCCAGCAUCUGGAACGUGACAGCCAUCGCACUGGACCGCUACUGGUCCAUCACCAGGCACCUGGAGUACACGCUCAAGACGCGCAAAAAGAUUUCCAAUGUGAUGAUCGCCCUGACGUGGCUGCUGUCCUCCAUCAUCUCCCUGUCACCUCUCUUUGGCUGGGGAGAAACCUACUCAGAGGGGAUGAAGUGCCAGGUGAGCCAGGAGCCAUCGUAUACGAUCUUCUCCACCUUCGGAGCAUUUUACCUCCCCCUUUGUGUGGUGCUGUUUGUCUAUUGGAAGAUCUACAAGGCGGCCAAGUUCCGGAUUGGCUCUCGCAAGAACAACACCAUCACACCCAUGGCUGAGGUAAAGGAGGAAACACAGCAGCCCCAGAUGGUGUUUACUGUGCGUCACGCCACCGUGACCUUCCAAACAGACGGGGACACAUGGCGUGAGCAAAAGGAGAAAAAGGCGGCGCUGAUGGUAGGCAUUUUGAUUGGCGUGUUUGUACUUUGUUGGAUCCCCUUUUUCAUCACAGAGCUCAUCGUCCCACUGUGCUCCUGCGACAUCCCCCCCAUCUGGAAGAGCAUCUUCCUGUGGCUGGGCUACUCCAACUCCUUCUUUAACCCUCUUAUAUACACCGCCUUUAAUAAGAACUACAACAAUGCCCUGAGGAACCUCUUCUCCCGGCAGCGCUGAGCCAUUGGGCACACUCAGCAGACACACUAUACCAGCACGCACUCCACAGCGUUACUCCUUCAGACAGAAAAUAACUAACCUGUCUGUGUCCGUCAUCAUCCCCAGAUGGAUAAUAACCAGACAUUGCGUCUGAAAAACUGUCUUUAAAAAGGUGUAAUUUUUAUUUAUGUUUUGUUUUUUUUUUAUUGCCAUGCUCACAGCUGGGCGAAGAUGGGUGUUUGAGCCAUUGAACCACUAUAAAGAGAGGAAUAAAUUGUUUUUUUUUGUGACAGUAGCAGACACAGUGCUGUCUAAAUGUUGGUUUCUCUCUGUUGUUUCAGGCUUAUUAAGGGGAAAUGCAUGUAAACUCUCUUGUAAACACUUUCAUCAUCAUGUGUGAGGCUAUUGGGAAUCGUUUCAAAGUAGAACUGCAGGAAAUUUUCAAGGAAUACUUUUACAAGUGAACAAAACAAACCUCGUAUAUAAUAAGCCAAGAACAAACCAGGGAUUUGUCUCUGAACUACACAACAAAAUGCUCAUUAUAGAUAGGAUUUCAGGCUACAGCAGGAAUUUCAUUAUAGAAAAGAAGUGGCAAAGUGUUUGGGGACCUGCACCUUGGUUCAUAGCUACUGUAGGUGCACAUGAACUCAUUGGCUUCACAUACAAUUUAUUCAUACAUAGUUCUAGAUAAAUAUACAGUCUCUCCUCUAAUGUUGGCUAUCUAUACACCGAUUC